AAGAAAAAGUAAAAGGGGAAUCCCAAAUUAAUAUACUGAAUAAUUCUUUGGGAAUUGUCCGUUUAUGCAAGUUGGGGCAAUUCUUACCUGUACCCUUUCUCUAUAAAUAUCAUUCCCCUCCACCUUUGACCUCAACUUCAACUCUUUCUUAACAAAUAUACAUACAUCACUAUAAACAAUCAUGGAUUGCAGAAUAGAGAGUACAGAAACUCACAGGAAUAAGUGUGCAGCAUGCUUCAGACAGUUCAACAAACUGGAGCACCUUGUGGAGCACAUGAGGAUCUCGUAUCAUUCAGUUCAUGAGCCAACCUGUGGCAUUUGCAGGAAACACUGCAGGUCAUUUGAGUCUCUAAGGGAACAUCUCAUAGGUCCAUUGCCAAAGCAGGAAUGCAGAGAUAUAUUUGCCUAUAGAGGGUGCAAGUUUUGCUUGAAAGUGUUUGACAGCCCUAAUUCUCGCAGGAUUCACCAAGAAAAAUGCCAACACUCUGGAACAAAUGCUGGAAUAAUUGGUCGCUUUUCAAACUUAGGACUUCGUGAUAAUUUGGCCAUUAGUGGUGGAGCAAGAGGACCACAAGUAGUUGCAUUAGCAUGUAAAAUGGUUGGAGGUGGCAGUGAUGGCUCACUCGAUCUCUGUGGAAGAGUGUGCUUAACCGAUGAGCAUGAGAACAUCAUAUUCCAUUCUUAUGUGAAGCCACCAAUUCCUGUCACAAACUACAGGUUGGACAAUUAA